AAGGUUUCGAGGACUUUUACUCAAGAAAGGAUGUUCUGGAGAGGAUCAUGGAAGCACUGCAAAGUCAAAGCAGCAGCGUUAUAGGGGUGCACGGGAUGCCUGGCAUGGGCAAGACGAUGCUGGCCAAAGAAGUUAAAAGGAAAGCAGAGCAAGACAAGCUGUUCGAUGUGGUAGUUAUGGAUCUUGUUUCAAACAAUGCAGACUCGAAAAAGAUUCAAAAGGAAAUUGCCCGUGGCUUGGGUCUAGAUCUGCUUCCUAAUGAAAUUACAACUCAGGAUGCUGCUAAACUUAUUAAAGACAGGCUGAAGAAUAAGAAGAAGGUUUUAAUCAUUUUGGAUGAUAUUUGGAGCCCUGGAAUAGAUUUGGAGGAGCUUGGAAUUCCUCUUAGAAACGAGCCAAAAAAGAUUGAGGGGAGCUCGUCAAGAGAAGAACAUGUAGAAUGCAAAAUUCUGCUGACAUCCAGAGAUUCUAAUGUUUUAUCAGAUCGGAUGGGUUCUUCACAGAACUUUUCACUUGAUGAAUUAGCAUUUAAAGAAGCAUGGGACUUGCUUGCAAAGAUAGUUGGUGAGAGAGCAGACAGUGAUGACAUUCAUAGUACAGCCAUUGCUAUUGUCCAGGCAUGUGGGGGCUUGCCCCUUGCAAUUACAACACUGGCAACGGCUUUGAAAAAUAAGGAGCCUUGCGAAUGGAGGGAUGCUUUGAGAAAACUAAGGAAGCCCUCUUCAGAAAACUUUGAUGGCAUAUAUGCAAAUGUUUAUUCAGCUAUUGAAUUCAGUCACUCUCAUUUGGAAAGCGAGAAGCUCAAGACAACAUUUUUGCUUUGUUGCCUAAUGGGUCACAUGGCAGCCAUUCGAGACUUGUUGAAGUAUGGCGUAGGCUUAGGCUUAUUUGCUAACACCAUAGAGGAAGCACGAGAUGAAGUACUUACUUUGAUAAGGCAGCUCAGAGCCUCUUCUUUGCUCAUUGAUGAUUGUGACAAUGAUUAUUUUGAUAUGCAUGACCUCAUUCAUGAUGUGGCUGUGUCAAUCGCAUCCAGGGAUCAUCAUGGGUUGCUGCUAACAGGUGAUCAUGAACCAAAAGAGUGGUCAGACACGGAGGCAAUUAAAGAUUUCAAAUGGAUAUGUAUGCGAUAUGCUAAUGUUGAUGGGUUACCAGAAGAGUUGGAAAGCCCUCAUCUUACUUUCUUUUGGAUGGCUAAUAAAAAUCCUUCUCUGCAAAUUCCAGCAAACUUUUUCAUGGGAAUGCAAAGGCUCAAGGUAUUGGAUUUGACACAAAUGCUUAUGUCAUCCCUGCCUUCAUCAAUUUACCUCUUGCAGAGCCUCCAUACAUUAUGCUUGGAUCAAAGCGUGUUGGAGGACAUACAUAUUAUUGGAGAGUUGAAGAAUUUAGAAAUUCUUAGCCUUUUGAAUUCUGAUUUUAAAGAGCUUCCAGGGGAAAUUGGGCAGUUGACUCGGCUGAAGUUAUUAGAUUUGAGAGGCUGUACCAAACUCCAAAUAAUUCCCCGACGCGUCUUAGCAAAUAUGUCCAGAUUAGAGGAACUGCUCCUGGGAAACAGCUUCGAUGGAUGGGAGGUUGAGGAAAAUGAAAAUCAAAGAAAUGCGAGCCUUGCUGAGUUGAAGCAUUUGAAGAAAUUGACUAAUUUAGAGGUAUGCAUUCCUGAUAUUCGGAUGAUCCCAAAAGAUUUGUUCUUUGAAAAUUUGAAAAUAUUCAAAAUAUUCAUUGGAUGUAAGUGGGAAUACCAGCAUAGUUCCUUUGGAAGCUCAAGAAUACUGAAGUUGCAUUUAAAUGCAUCCAUUAAUUUUAACUAUUUAGUUAAAAUGUUGUUGAAGCUGACUGAAGAGCUUCAUCUAAGGGAGUUGGCAGGGAGGUUCAACAUAUCAUUAAAUCAGUGGAGGGGGUUCCUUUCAAUGCAUUUCCCAGGUUGGAAGAAUUAAUUCUCCAGAAUUUGAUUAAUUUGGAGAAGAUAUUUCAAGGCCGGCUCAGAGACACAGCUUUUAACAAUUUAAGAACUAUUACUAUUGAAUGUUGUCAUAAGGUAAAGAAUUUGUUCUCUUCCUCUAUAGCCAGACAGCUUCUCCAUCUACAAGAAAUUUCAGUGACAGAU